CUUACACACGUAUAUAGUUUUUAUAAUUAUAUUUAAAAAAUGUAAAAACUACUCCAGAUAAGAGUCUGUAAAACUGGGGUUCGUAGUCCGUCACUCGUCAGUUGGUAACCCCUGCCAUACGUAGAUGCUAGAGGUCGACCACCACAAAUUGUAUCAUUUAUUUAAAAACGUUACAUAUAUACGCAUUAUAUAAUCAAUUUAUAGUGAGGCAGUGUCCUCUUAAAAUUCUCUAUCGAGCUGACACUGAGUACGAUGCAUACGACGUUUACCUAACCGUUCUACGUCCAAUCCUUUUAGAUCUAUAUGAUAUUAACACCCAGCCACCCAGGCUAUGUAAAGCCCUAAUACUUCAUGAUGACCAUAUUGAUAGCUGAUGUUGUAUACCACCCCGGUGCUAUUAAAUCGUUAAGGACGAACCGCAAAUGAUUGCAAGAAAGUUUAACAGAAUUUAUGGUCGGAAACACUUUAAUUACAUUAAAUAAAACACUGAAUUGGUGAUGUACCCAUAAACAAAUAAGAUAUUCGUCCAGUGCUCAGCGUACUACUUAAAUAAUUAUAUAGUAUCCAAUUUCAGCGAUUUAAUACCUAUUUGAAUUUUGAAUAGUAUAUAAUAACUCUAUUUGAGACUCUAUCGUGAUAAUAAUGAGUGCAAUAUAUUAACAGGUAGGCAAUCCGCUUGCGAUGGAUUGUGGACCCUUCUUGGUGAGUACUUUAUAUAAAUAAUACAUUUUAUUUUUAUUGUGAGCACGGUAAUGAGCGGCUUUAAAUGCAACUCAGCCACCUUGGUAGGCAAUGUGUGAAAAUUCAACAAUUAAAAAAAUUACAAUAUUAAUCUACCCUCAAAAUUUAAAAUCGAUAGCUUCAAUACGUUCGGCUCUGCGUUGAUUAUGAUUUAUGAAGCAGCUAUUCGAAACAGUCUCGUUUAUACAUAUAGAUUUGUUGUAUCAAUAAACACGACACGGAAAUUUAUCCCCGAAAACAAAUUAAUUAAUGUCUUGUUUCUUGUGAUCAUUUCAUUAAAUAACUUUUAAAAUUGAUUUCUUACCUACCUACCUUAUCAUAGUUAUCUAUAAGACGUAUUUGUAUUAUAAACACGUUCAUAACCUGACAACGUGUUUUUGUUUGUACAUUAUGAUUCGCGGUUAGCAUUAGAUACAUGUAAUAAUAUUUUGUUCACCACCUGCGUAUUACUGCAGAACACGUUAUCACGUCCGAAACAGAAAAUGGACAGGAGCACGAUCGUCGAUAACAAUAACAAUCAACGGUGGACGACGUUAACCAAAAAGUUGGCGGUUAUGUUCAUGCAGUCCUUCAUCACGGCAGUGUUCGUGUUCGUGUUCUCCCUGGUGAUGUUCGCUUAUUACCUGCACUUGCGGUGCAAGUCCACUGCACAGGCGGUGCAUCCAAUUAAUGGCGAAUUCUCGUUCUACGAAGACCUCGAAGGCUCGGGCCUUAGCUCCAAGGCGUCGGCGGUGCAAAACGCCGACGCCAACACCUCUGAUUACUGUUCGGUCGUGUCCAGGGACCUGUACUCGCUGGAACAGAUGGGAUAUGUGGACAAGACCCGUCGCGUGUCCAAGCUGAUGUACCUGGACCUCGGUGGAGCCCAGGACGUGCACUACGUGUUUGUCAACACCACGCACGUACCGUGGAAAGUCGUCUGUUCGCUGGAGUCGGCCCUGGGUGCUGUUGGCAACGUCGGCCGGGUAAAUGUGUUCGUCGUCAGUGGAAUGGAAUUCGAUCGAAUAGAUAACAAAGUCGGGGUGACGCAGCCGGUGUCGCUGUUGGCGAGCUUAGUCGACCUGACGGCCAAGUACGGCAACCACCGGUUGAACGUGAUGCAUGUCAACUUGGACGAUGUUCUUGAGUUUUCGCCGUUCCAGGGAAUGGGCCUCAACAAGCGCCCCGCGGUCGCCAAGUUCUCUGUGGAGCUAGUUUUGCUCUGGCAGUUUGGCGGCACUGUCCUGGACGGCGACAUAGUGGCGAUCCGAGGGUCCGUGUACCGUGCGACCGACACUGCUGUCGAGUACGGAGACUUAACCGUCAGCUCGCCCGUUACCUGUCACCCGUUCGUGUACGACGCUAUGCUGUGUACCAAGAGCUACGCGUUGCUUUUCAGACCGUUUAUGAUGGACACCAGCCUCAAGAUCUUUGACAAGGCGGUGGAAUGGUCAGGGCGAGGCGUGGGCGACGUACGGCGUGUGGGUGACAGUAUAGUGUGUCGAGACGGCGCAGUCAGCGGCAACUGCUAUUACCUACAACGAGCCGAAAUCGAAUUCAUUCACCGCUACUGCCCUGCUGUCUAAAAAAAGUGAGAUUCCUUGCAGAUGUGAAACAUAGAAAUUUGAAACAAUGAAACAUUUCACAGUUGAACAUGAAAAUUGAAAGGAUGGUUUAUUAAAGGAAAUAAACAUGGCAUAGGUCGAGAUUUGUACAGAAUAGAAUAAUGCUAUAGAAAAUAAUGGAAGGUACAUGAACUGUCGACGCCACAACCCGACUUUAGUUUGGUGUUGGCCAUAAACUUCAGAUGGCGGGGAAGUAGUGGUGUAUGAAGUGGACGUCGGCCCGUUGUAUACCCAUCCGUCGACAAACUUGUCAAAGAUCUCUAGGAUGGUAUCGGCCAUGAACGGUGUUUAAAGCAUUGCGUAACUCUAAGUGCACAGCAUACCAUCUUAUAGGUACACGAACACGGUGACAGGUGACCAGCGAACUGGUAGUCACGGUACUCAACAGCAGUGUCGGUCCCACGGUACUCAACCCUUGGUUGAGACCCGCCAUGACCCGGAACGACGAAAACUCGACCAGGUUCAACAGGUGAUUGCCGCAGUUGGCGGUGAGGUCGACUACCGACUAGGCUCGUCUACAGUGACACCUGCGGCAGUAGUAUUAUUGUUAUUAUAGCAGAAUGAUGUUGAUGAGUGAUGACCUAAAAAAGUACCAAAAUAUAAUGACCAUAGUAAAUAGGGUUAAAGGAAAAAAUUAAAAAUUCAUCAACAUCCAGUUAUUAUCAUGGUUAUGAAUCACGUGGUAUAUUACUAUAAUAUUAUAUACCUAGAUUUGUAAUUUUUUCGGUAUUUUAUGGUUUAUCUUUAUAUUUUUAUAUGAUUUUUUUAAAACUUUCUUUUCCAAAGUAGAUUACUGACAUUCAUUUUUUGGAAAGUUUGAAUAUUUUCUUUUGUCCCAAGAUUCACUAUAACGACAAUAUUUUAUCCUGCAAGUACUAUAA